AACAAAUAUUGUAUAUUAAACUGUUGAUCACUACACCAUUUGAUGGAGCGAAACAUUACGACCCGACUACAUGGCGUGCGUCUCUUUGCGUUGCUAAGUAACCGAAAAUAUGGCAUCACUCGAAUUGUACAUCCCUAACACAACAGCUGACGAUUCGCGGCAAUCGAAGGGCUCGACGUGCAGCAGCAGUACCCCAGCAGUAGUACCCCAGACCCCACCGAACGGGCGAGACACGCGCGCUCCGUCCAAGAUGCCGACCACGUCCAAGUUCUUGCAAUCGACCCGGAAAAUUAUCGGUGCUGGCGUAAACUACAAAGAAAUUUUGCGCCUCACAAACUCCCCCAAGCCGGAUGCACCCGUCAUCUUCUUCAAGCCCAUCUCGUCCCUGCUGGACGCGGGCAGUUGCUCGACUGGCUCCACCGGCACCCCGCCAACCAUCCGCAUCCCGCGCGUCUUCGGCGGCGUAAUCAACUUCGAGGCCGAGCUGGGCGUCAUCAUCGGGCGGCGCUGCGCGAAUGUGCCCACCGACCAGGCGAUGGCGUACGUCGGUGGCUACUGUCUCGCCCUCGACAUGACCGGCAUGGACUUUAUACUGGACGCCCGGCCGAAGGGACUGCCCUGGUGCCUUGGCAAGGGGUUCGACACGUCCACGCCGGUCAGCGCGCUGGUGCAGCGGGCCGACCUGCCCAACCCGGACGAUGUGCGCGUCUGGUGCGAGGUGAACGGUGUGCGCAAGCAGGACGACAGUACGCGCAAUCUGAUCUUCCCGAUCGCGGAGCUGAUCGCGUACGUGUCGCGCUUCAUGACGCUGGAGGAGAACGAUCUGCUGCUGACGGGUACGCCGGCCGGUGCUGGCCCAGUACGCCACGGGGACGUUAUUGUGUGUGGGCUGGGGGAGGACCUGUUGACGAUGCGCUGCCAGGUGGCUGAUGAGUAGCAGGGGGAGGUUGAGAAACUUAAACAUAUCAACGGAAUAAAUUCGUUCUCCCUGUCUA